GUAGUGUGAUUAUAUUAAACACAUAUUAUGCAAUAUAAUUCUACCGCCUAAAGCGCCUGUGCACAGUUUGUUGUUACGCUAUCGUUCAGACGGUCAGCUGUUUAUAUGGCGCCGUUCAGAAAAAUCGAACUUACAAUGAGUGAGCACUAUACUAUAUAACAGUUUUUGGUUUUUUUCAUUGUUGUUUGUUUCUUUAUGCAUAAACGUUUUAAACGACUGUUUUUAUUCUACGCGGCACGCGCACAUAGAACAUUAUGUACGCGGUUAAAAGCAACAACGUUUUAGUGCUAUGCGUUUCGGUUCUGAUAUCCUCGACGUGUCCCGCUGUAGUUGUUGCAAUGUACAAUGAUUAUGCAGUUGUACACGGACACAUGGGAAACAAAUCCAAUUCAAAAACUUUGAGACUGGUCCACGCGGUGUUUAGGCACGGAGAACGGACGCCUGCCGACACGUAUCCUCUAGAUCCAUACACAAAUUCUUCGUGGGAGCCAUUCGGGUGGGGUCAACUGACAAAUAAUGGUAAACGCAAACAAUACGAGCUCGGAAAAUUUAUCCGAAAGCGUUAUUCUGGAUUUUUGGAUGUUCUUUACUCUUCGAAAAAAGUUACAUUUAGAAGUACUGACGUUGAUAGGACCAAAAUGAGCGCUCAGCUAGUUGCGUCUGCCAUGUACAAGCCAGUUGGUGUACAGAAAUGGAAUAAAUAUUUAGAUUGGCAACCUAUUCCGAUACAUUCUGAACCUCUGAAUGACGACCGAUUGUUGUUAGUGCGAAUAGACUGUCCCAAGUACCACGAAGAAAGACAAAAAGUAAUGAGUUCCGCCGAAGUUGUCGAAGAGCUUAAUACUUAUAGUGACUUAUAUGGUUAUCUGUCCAAUCAUACUGGACUGGCUAUUGAAGAUCCUGACGAUGUACAAUCGAUUUAUAGUACGCUAAAAGCUGAGGCAGACUAUGGUGUUGCCCUCCCAAGUUGGACAUCCAAAGUAUAUCCAACGAAAUUGGCUAAAGUGACAUCUAGAAGUUUUAUACUAAACGCAUACAAUAAUGAAAUGAAAAAGCUCAAGGGAGGUCCGUUAUUAAAACAAAUACUGGAAAACAGUAAAAAUAAAAUAAAUCAACUAUCUACACAUCAAUUAUAUGCUUAUGCUGGUCACGAUUCAACUAUAUCUAAUCUUUUAAUUGCUUUGGGUAUUUGGGAUGAGCAAAUACCUACGUAUAAUAUGUUAGCAUUACUUGAGUUACAUGAAUCAAAGAGAGGAAAUUUCUACUUUAAGGUGUUUUUGCGUAACGAAUCGUCGACAGAGCCUUAUCACUUACAAAUACCCAAUUGUAAAGACGAUUUAUGUACUGUGGAACAUAUCAUGAACUUAACUGUGAACGUUAUACCAUCAAAUUUGAGUGAAGAGUGUAAGACUGAUAAUCCCAAAUUUUCGAGCUUAACAUUUAUUGAUCGUGGUCCAUAAAAUCACAAUUAGAAUAGAUUAAUUUAUAAUAUUACACAUUCUUGAAAAAUUUAAUAAGAAUUACCAGCUAAAAUAUUAAAUA